GGUAGAGCCAAAGAUAAAAGAAGUAAUUGACAAACUAGAAUGUGUAGCAAAACAAAAGGAUGUUCUGGGUCUGAAAGAAGGUGUUGGAGGAGAAUCAUCAAAAAGAUUGCCCACAACUUCUUUGGUCGAAGAAUCUGGUAUUUUUGGUAGGGAUGAUGAUAAGGAGGCAGUAGUUAGCUUGUUGCUCUCAGAUGAUGUAGGUAGCAGUGAAAAUCUUUGUGUGAUUCCCAUAGUUGGCAUGGGAGGAAUUGGCAAGACCACACUUGCUCAGCUUGUAUACAAGGACAAGAGAGUGAAGAAGCAUUUUGACCUUCAAGCAUGGGUAUGUGUUUCGGAUGAAUUUGACGUGUUCAGGGUAACUAAAACAGUUCUAGAGGAAGUGACUUUGUCAACUUGCGAUAUGAACUAUUUAAAUCGGCUUCAAAUUACACUACAGGAGAAAUUGAUGGGAAAGAAAUUCCUACUUGUUUUAGAUGAUGUGUGGAACGAGAAUUAUGCUGAUUGGGAGGUCUUAAGUGGUCCAUUUAAAUCUGGGGCACCAGGAAGUACAGUCAUUGUAACAACACGCAAUGUCAGUGUUGCAUCAAUGAUGCGCACUGUUCCAACUCAUUAUAUCAGCAAGUUACUAGAAGAAGAUUGCUGGUCACUAUUUGCAAAACAUUCAUUCCUUGAUGGCAAAUUUGAUGCACGUUUAGAGCUAGAAGUGAUAGGUAGACAAAUUGUGAAAAAGUGUGAAGGUCUACCUUUAGCGGUCAAAACAAUUGGGGCCCUCUUGCGAUCUAAACUAGAUGUUGAUGAGUGGGAGAAGAUAUUGAAGAGCGAAUUAUGGGAUUUUCCAAUAGACAUGACAAACAUUCUUCCUAGUUUAAGAUUAAGCUACAAAUACCUUCCCUCACAUUUAAAGCGAUGCUUUGCUUAUUGUUCAAUAUUCCCAAAAGGUUAUGCAUUCGAAAAAGAUCGAUUAGUCUUACUGUGGAUGGCUGAAGGUUUCUUGCAAGAGUCCAAUAACAAAACAAUGGAAGAAGUUGGUAACUAUUACUUCCUUGAUCUUGUAUCAAGAUCAUUGUUUCAACAAUCAAGUGGUGAUAAAUCAUGUUUUGUAAUGCACGAUCUUGUCAAUGACUUAGCAAAGUUUGUUUCUGGACAAUUUAUCUUUAGGCUAGAGGGUGUCAGUUUUUGCAGAAUUGUGAACAAGACUCGUCACUUGUCGUAUUUCAGAACAAGAUUUGAUAACUUUAAGAAGUUUGAGGCUCUUUACAAGGUUAAGCGGUUGCGCACCUUCUUACCAUUAGAAUUCUCAAUAUUGGACAACAAUUUAUCUAAAAAGGUAUUGAAUGAUCUAUUGCCGAAGCUAAGAUGUUUAAGGGUACUCUCUUUGUCUCAUUAUGAGAAUAUGGCUAAUUUACCUGAUUCAAUUGGCAAAAUUAAACAACUACGUCAUUUGGACAUUUCUUUUACUGCAGUUAAAAGGUUACCUAAUUCUGUGUGUAAGUUGAUCAAUUUGCAAACACUCAACUUAUCAUGUUGUUACAGUCUUGUUGAAUUGCCAAGGGAUAUGCGAAAACUCAUUAAACUACGACAUCUUGAUAUUACUAGAACUGACAUAAUGGAGAUGCCGAUACAAUUGGGUAGACUAAAAUAUCUCCAGACAUUGACUACAUUUAUCAUCGGCAAAACUAGUGGGUCCUGCAUAAGAGAGUUGGGAAAACUUACAAAUCUUCGAGGAAAGCUUACUAUUAUGAAUCUUCAAAAUGUUGUCUCUUUUACGGAUGCGUUGCAUGCAUGCUUGAAGGACAAGAAGCACAUUGAGGAGUUGGUGUUAGAAUGGGAAGCUGAUACUGAUAUUUUAGGAAGUGAAAGAACUAUGCUUGACAGUCUCCGGCCUCAUUCAAAUUUGAAAAGUCUUACAAUCAAAUAUUAUAUUGGUAAAAGUUUUCCAGAUUGGGUAGGGCAUCAUUCAUUCUCUAAUAUAGCAUCUCUUCAUCUAUACGGCUGUAAAUAUUGCUGCAGCUUGCCACCACUUGGGCAGCUUCCUUCUUUGCAAGAACUAUCAUUUAUUCAAUUUGAUCAAGUUGUUAAAGUGGGUCGUGAGUUUUAUGGCAAUGAUUCUUUUUCGAUUAAGCCAUUUGGAGCCUUAAAAGUUCUAAGAUUUGAGCAAAUGUGUAAGUGGGAGGAAUGGUUAAGUGAAAGCGGAGCUUUUCCUCUUCUUCAAGAGCUUUAUAUACAUGACUGCCCUAAGUUAAGAAGAGAGUUGCAUGUCCAUCUUCCUUCUUUAGCUAUACUUGAGGUCAAGGAAUGCACGCUGUUAGGGGCUUUACUGCCAAGGGCCCCUUCUAUAUGUCAAUUGAAUCUAACACGUUGUAAUAAGGACUUGUUAAAGGAUUUGCCAGCCAAAAUACAGAUUCUCAAAGUUGGAGGAUUUGAUGCACUAGAUUCCCUAGCCAUGGGAAUGAAGGAGUCCAGCUAUUCUCUCCAAGAAUUAGAAAUCUCUAACUGUUCCUCACUUGUUUCCCUUUCAAUGGGUGAUCUACCAUCUACAUUAAAAUCCCUUUCCAUCACAAAGUGUCAGAGGUUAGAACUUCCGAUGCACCAAAUCUUUUCAUCCCUUAAAAAAUUGCAUUUGGAAAAUAUUUAUGAUUCUUUCAGGUCCUUCCCAUUGGACUUAUUCCCAAACAUUUGUCAUAUCUAUAUCUUUAGAUGUGAGCAUUUGGAAACUCUUACAAUUUCAGAGCAACUUGGUCUUGAUUUAAUGAUCGUGCACAUACAAAUCAUAGAUUGCCCUUAUUUUGUAUCUUUUCCAGAAGGAGGAUUAUGUGCCUCCAAACUUACAUUGCUUUGGGUCUGGAAUUGUGGACGUUUGAGGGCACUGCCUGAUAACAUGCACGCACUCCCAUCUCUUGAGGAAUUGCAAAUAGUCAAUUGUGCAGAAGUUGAGUCUUUUCCUGAGGGGGGUUUGCCUUGUAAUCUGAAAUCGAUGUCCAUCAUCGAUUGUGACAACCUCGUUGCCAAACGAAUGGGAUGGGGUUUGCAAAAGCUCCCAUUUCUUAAAAAUUUGUUUAUUUGUGGUGAAAGGGGAGAUGUAGAGUCCUUUCCGGAGGUGGGAUUGCUGCCCACCAAUCUGACUGCUCUUCAAAUAAUGAAUUUUCCAAAUAUGAAAUCUUUGGAUAAGGGGCUUCAACAGCUCACCUCUCUUGAAGAAUUGCGGAUCUAUAACUGCCCUAUGCUCAAGUACAUGCCAGAAGAGGGCUUGGCUGCCUCUGUUUCUGUUUUAUUGAUCAACAAUUGUUCUUUGGUAAAGAAACAAUGUCAAAGGAAAAAAGGAAAAGAAUGGCGCAAGAUUGCUCACGUCCACCUAAUAAUGAUGGAUGAUGAAUUGAUUGAGUGAGCUAAAAGUCUUGCAAGAAUCUCCACAUAGUGGCAACUGCCAAAUCUGAAUUACCAUUCAAUGUGUUUUCUUCUGAUAGCUGCUAUGCGGGAAAAGGGUGCCUACUAUCUAGCCUGUGGUUCUGAUGCUUUUAUUUGCAUCCAUUUGAAGUCUUCGGAUAAGAUCUCAGGUCAACAAACAGAUCCUUCAUGCAAUGGAUAAAGUGCAGCCGAGUUGAACUAGUCUCAAGUGUUUUUGGAAUGAAGUAUUCUGAAAGUAUCAGGCUUAAAGGACAAAAUUGGAAAAAGCUAGAAGUUUUGGAUCAAGGACAAGCAUCCACCGGUAGUGCGAUCGAUCGCACUACUCCUAGGCUCGAGCGUAGAUGCGUUCGAGCACAUCACACAGAAGAUCGAUCGCAGGAGUGCGAUUGAGUGCACUUGGGCCUAGAAAAAUUUCUGAAACGUGGCAAGACUCUUUUUUUUUUUUCCAAACUAGGUUUUCCAAGUCCUAGUUGUAAUUGGAUUUAAAUCUACGAUUUUUCUAGGAUUCUUAGU